AUGAUUGAAAACGUUCAUUCUCUCGGUUGGCUACUCAAACACAACACUCCAUUACUGAGUAAAAUUUUACUAUUUUGCGACUGCAAGACAGUGCUCCACUCAAUUCCGUACGUUUGUAAGAGUUGGGCCAAUUUAAUGUAUAAUUGUUUUCCAUCGGUUGUGGAUUCAAUGCACUUGGAUUCCGUAGUGGAAAAUUCCAUCAUGAUGAUGAUGACGGAUGAAAGUCUUAGUGCCAGUAAUCAUCACCAUCAAAAGAAUUCUACUACUGAUGAUGACGAUGAAGAAAUUAAAAACAUUUGGGAACUCCUCUUCUAUAGAGAUUGUACAACUUGUAGAGGAAAACAGAAUAGUUUUUGUUCCUUGUUGGAGAAAAUUGAAUUUAAUCAAGUUUUUAUUCCCGAUGAUUAUGCUGAUGGACAUAGGGAGAGGAAGUGUUUUGAAAAUUUGUAUAAACACUUGAUGAGGGAUUGGGUUCUCGAGAAUGCCAUUAAGCCAAACGAUGCACUCAGAUCAGUAGCUGCCAAUUAUUCGGAAAUUAUUUCAAUGAAGGAUAGAGUUUCUCUCUUCCGAGAAUUUAUUGCAGAACAAGAGGAAUAUGCAACAUUGGAUAAACAUCUCAAAAUUAAUGAAGGAGACAUUGAAAAUCUCACAAGGGAUCUAUCUCUUAUAGAAGAUACUUUUAAAUUUACCAAGUUUGUCCAAUGUAUUGAAGUUGAGGAUGAAGACGAGACCAUUGUAGAGGAUGUUAUUGAGAGGAGGAGUAUGCAAGUUGAAGGAAGCUUUUUAAACUGGAAUGGAGAUAUUGUACACAUGACUUUCGUAUUGGAUUUUCCAUAUAGUGAAUUUAAUCCAGAGGCAGAUGUGGACAUGGAUGUAUUUUUCAAUCUUGGUGACAUGAUAUCAUUGGCAGCAGGAGAAGUUAAUUUACCAGAUUUAAAUGUAAUUCUAGGAAAGGACAUUGGAGCUGCCUAUCCAUGGAUUUUGGACACUAGUGGUUGUAAAGUUGAGAGCGAGGAAGACAUGUUGCAUGUCUUGUUGAAUAACUAUUUAAUUACCAUUCUAAUUGGCGCCAUUUCAAUGCAAGUCAUACCAAUUAAGGAGUAUAAUGAUUUAACAUUUUCAAGAACUGAUGACUUGCUAUACUUUUUAAAGUUUGGCACAAUAGACAUUAUGAGUGAUUGUAUACCUGAAGUGAAACCUCAAGUUGGCACUAAUGAUUUGAUGGAUGAUUCCUUGAAUGAUUAG